AUGACUCGGAGGCCGACACUGAUCCAGGGCAUCGUUCUAAGAUCGAAGCCCCCACAGCAGACCGCAUCUCCCCCUCCGGCCACCGACAUGUCUUCCAGGAGUUACUUGCAGGCAGACUACAAGUCCCAGGCUGCAGUGCGGCGCCGCUCUCGCGAGCUUUGUGCGGGAGGAGUGGACGGGGCCUUGUUGUUGGUGUCAGUGAUGGCGGCUGCGGCAGUGGUAGCUACGCAGGCUGAGGCCUCGGAGUCGUGGUAUUUGGCCCUGUUGGGUUUCGCCGAACAUUUCCGGACGUCCAGCCCUCCCAAGAUCCGGCUGUGUGUGCACUGCCUGCAGGCCGUCUUCCAGUUCAAGCCGCCGCAGCGCAUCGAGGCCCGGACUCAUCUGCAGCUCGGCUCCGUCCUGUAUCACCACACCAAGAACAGCGAGCUGGCCCGGCAACACCUGGAGAAAGCGUGGGUGAUUUCUCAACAAAUUCCUCAGUUUGAAGAUGUUAAAUUUGAAGCAGCAAGUCUUCUAUCCGAAUUGUAUUGCCAGGAGAAUUCUGUGGAUGCAGCAAAGCCUCUCCUACGCAAGGCAAUCCAAAUCUCCCAACAAACACCCUACUGGCAUUGCAGGCUUCUCUUUCAGCUUGCUCAACUUCAUACUCUUGAAAAAGAUUUGGUGUCGGCGUGUGACCUCCUAGGUGUUGGUGCUGAGUAUGCACGUGUGGUGGGCUCUGAGUAUACCAGGGCGUUGUUUUUGCUCAGUAAGGGAAUGCUUUUGCUGAUGGAACGAAAGCUUCAAGAAGUGCAUCCUUUGUUAACUUUGUGUGGACAGAUUGUGGAGAAUUGGCAGGGUAACCCUAUCCAGAAGGAAUCCCUACGAGUUUUUUUCUUAGUUCUUCAAGUGACACAUUAUUUGGAUGCAGGGCAGGUCAAAAGUGUGAAACCAUGCCUUAAACAACUUCAACAAUGCAUCCAAACCAUUUCAACUCUCCAUGAUGAUGAGAUUCUACCUAGUAAUUCAGCUGAUUUGUUCCACUGGCUGCCCAAAGAGCAUAUGUGUGUUUUGGUUUACUUGGUAACAGUUAUGCACUCCAUGCAGGCAGGUUAUCUUGAGAAGGCUCAAAAAUACACAGAUAAAGCUCUUAUGCAGUUAGAAAAGCUCAAGAUGCUUGACAGUAGCCCAAUCUUGUCCUCAUUCCAAGUCAUCCUUCUUGAACACAUAAUCAUGUGCCGCCUUGUCACAGGCCACAAAGCUACAGCUUUACAAGAGAUAUCUCAAGUCUGUCAGCUUUGUCAGCAGUCACCCCGUCUGUUUUCUAAUCAUGCAGCGCAACUUCACACAUUGUUGGGUUUAUACUGCAUUUCUGUUAACUGUAUGGAUAACGCGGAGGCACAGUUCACAACAGCGUUGAGGCUUACCACACAUCAGGAAUUAUGGACUUUUAUAGUAACAAAUCUGGCAAGUGUUUAUAUUCGAGAGGGAAAUCGACAUCAAGAGCUUUAUAGUCUACUGGAAAGAAUUAACCCAGACCAUAAUUUCCCUGUAAGCUCACACUGCCUCCGUGCUGCAGCCUUCUACAUCCGUGGAUUAUUCUCGUUCUUCCAAGGCAGAUACAACGAAGCAAAACGAUUUUUGCGUGAAACUUUAAAGAUGUCAAAUGCUGAAGAUCUCAACCGACUUACGGCAUGUUCUUUGGUGCUCCUUGGUCACAUUUUCUAUGUGCUGGGGAAUCACAGGGAGAGCAACAAUAUGGUUGUCCCUGCCAUGCAGCUGGCCAGCAAGAUCCCAGAUAUGUCUGUGCAGCUCUGGUCCUCGGCUCUGCUAAGAGAUCUGAACAAGGCGUGUGGAAACACAAUCGAUGCCCAUGAGGCAGCACAGAUGCACCAAAACUUCUCUCAGCAAUUGCUCCAGGAUCAUAUAGAAGCAUGUAGUCUUCCAGAACACAAUCUCACAACGUGGACAGAUGGAUCACCACCUGUACAAUUUCAGGCUCAAAAUGGACCUACUACCAGCUUGGCGAGUCUUUUGUGAAAACUGAACUCAUCUAAACAAUACCACAAACUGAUCCCGCGCUCACUGAACAGGAUUCUUCCGUGUACAGAACUGUGGAAGGUCAUCACCUGCAAGGGAAUGCGCAGUGCAUUGAAAUUCAGUUCUGGAAGUGAAAGGAUGUCGUGGACAUGCCAACAAAGGCAUUUUCUAGUGUCCUCUGUUCAGAGACUCCAUGUUUUGGAGACCGAGCUACAUGCUGCAUUAUUCUGACACUCCUCUUGUCUGCAAGCGAUACUGGCUCCCUCCCCAAGUGCAUGGUGCGUGGCAAAGGUUCUACCUUCCCUUUUGCACGAUAAGGGGUAAUAGAAUUUGGAACAAUAUUUUUUUGUGCUAUAUUUAAUAUCUGCCUUCAGCUUUGUUUCCCUUUAUGGAAUAGAUUUAACAGAGAAGGGCAUUUUUAGAUUUUAUAUUCAUAAAUAUAUAUAUAUAAUACUAUCAAUGUUUUAACUUUUUGCUGCACACAGAUACGGUUUUUGGGGUAGUUGGAAUGGCUCUUUUCCCUCUUCUCCAUUCUCCCUUUUUGGAUAAAUUAUAUUUUCUUGGGGAAUGGUUUUAAUAUUUGAUAUAGUUUUGUAGGGGAUCAUCACAUUACCCUUUCACUGCUAGGGCAAGAUGGCUGACAAACCAUUAAAUCAAUAAGAGACUGGUGGAUAAUUAGCAGUUUAAGGCAGUUUUUAAAUUAUCUGCAGAUAUGUUAAAGCCUUUUUUUUUUUUUUUUUACCAUGCAAAUACUUUUAAAUCUUGUACCCUGAAGAAUGUUAAGCCAAUUUUUAAUGUUCCUUUUUGUUUUCCUGUUCCAUACAUACAAGAAAUCAUUGCCCAUAUUUCCAGUACUUGUGGUUCCAUGGAACAGCCGUUGUCACUCCCGAACAUCACUACAUGUUUGCAGCAGUGUGUCAAUUAGACCCAAGUUUUUAGGACACAGAGGAUGAAGUGGUGUCAUUUGUUUUCUAUUCUCAGCUAUAUCUUCUGGCUUGUUAACGAUACUACUAGUUAUGUAUUUUAACAUUUUUAGCUGUACAUGAUAUCACGGAGCAGUAGAAAUGUAAUAUUAUCAAUGGUUCCUCCAUUUUAUUUAAUAUAUUUAAUGUAUAUGACCCCUUGUUUAAUAGCCAUUAAAGCUCAAACUCUAUUUUUCAGAGAUGAUGUAA